GAGUUGCUGCCGGCAGAGUCACGGCCCACAGGCAAACCGAAUUUCAAGCUCAGUGCGCGAGCGAGCGUGAUACGGAAUGAUCGUGUGGUGCGUUUUGCGCGGACUUUGACAUUGCGAUUUUAACUUAUAUUGCGGUUUAUUCAGCCAGAACAAAACGUUUUGGAAUAUAGAGUUGGACAUUUAAAGAGUUUUUAAUGUCCAAAGUUUAUAGUAUAUAGUUCGCGCAAAGUUUUGACCAAAUUUUGUGAGUUUCCGUAUAGACGCGAAAAAGCAGUGAAAAAACAUUUCGAAUUCAAGGAACUCUUUUGUACAUUUUCGUAUGUUUUGCGAAAUUGUGUUCAAAAAUAUCUGGCGCAUAAUAAUUGUGGAGGGUGCGAAAAAAGAACUGCUCUCGGCCAACUAGUUCGGAUUCAAUCUGUGGUCACCGAACUAAAACAAAAGCGCAACGAUUCACUUUUAUUACAACUGGAAAACACCUACCAUAGAAUAUAGCCAACGGCGCAUUUUAAAAUUCUUGUUGAAUUCAACAUAAACAUUUUAGCUCUGCAAAAAUUACAGUGAUAUUUUUUUAUUAUUAACGUGCAUUUGUGAAUUAGUUUCCAACUUCGAGUCGCGAGGGAAACCACUAAAAUCCUGGAUAUAUAAGUGCCGAAUAAGUUUACUUUUACAUGAUGUCUACUGCCAUAAUGCAUCAGUCUGCACUGUAUGACUUUGGUGAUCUGUUUUUGAAGAGCCAAUCUCGACCGGUGCAGACGAUGAGCGGGUCGUUGAACAGUCCGCUGUCGGGCGCCGCCGCCGCGACUGGCGCGGGCUGGGAGCAGCACCCCGCGCUGGUCCGCGCCGCGUCGUCGCCGGCGCAGCGCGCGCUGGCCGGCCUGCUGUCGUCGCUGGGCCACCGCCGCCUGGAGCGCACCACCAGCGACCCGGCCGCCCCGCCGCCCGCCACCAGCCGCUACAAGACCGAGCUGUGCCGACCCUUCGAGGAAGCCGGCGUCUGCAAAUACGGCGACAAGUGUCAGUUCGCGCACGGCAUUCGCGAACUCAGGAACCUUCAACGCCAUCCGAAGUACAAGACCGAACUGUGCCGCACUUUCCACUCGGUGGGCUUCUGUCCGUACGGGCCCCGCUGCCACUUCGUCCACAACGCCGAGGAGGCCCGGCGCCGCGAGUCGUCGUCCCCCGGCGGCUCCCUGGGCUCGCUGUCCUCCGGCGGCUCGCUGGCCUCCUACAUGAGCGACGGCUCCCGGUCGCCUCGCUCCCCACACUCGCCGCUGUCCCCGCAGUCCCCGCUGGCGCCGCACUCUCCGCCCGCGAUGUCUCCGCCGGCGCACGCGCCCGCCUUCGCCUUCCGCCGCACCCACUCUCCCGACCCCGAAGAAGAGAGGCUUCCGGUAUUCAAUCGCCUGUCGUCGGCGUUCGGCGACCUCGUGAUCGCUUAGGCGCAAGAAACUCCCUAGUCGUAAGAUAUCGAAUCCAGCUUAGCGUAUAAGGAUCGUCCACCACCCGAGUGCCUCCUGACGUCUUCCAGAGCGCCGCGGCCGUCCCGUGCGCCGCACCCCGCUCAACCGAUGAUCUCCACUCUGGCCGGCGCACCCUCGUCGGUCGUCUGCGGUGUGAAUGUUGUACUAAUGUGUUUGUAAGCAGUGCGCCGAGCGGUGGUCUCUGUAAAGUUAGUUUAUAAUAACAUUAUUUAUUUGAUAAACUGCCUAUCCGCGCUAGAUCCCUGCCGCGAGAUGGCGCUCGUGAUCUAUUUUUAAGGAUUAAGAUAAUAAUUUAUUAUUUAUUUCGAGUCUCUUUAACUGUAAUAUUAUAUUAUUUGUACCUAGCGGAGAUGGCGUGCGUCGUUCGGGACGUGCGCGUCCUACAUCCAAUCGCGAGCCGUCGUCGGUCACGUCCACGUCUGGUACCUCAAUCAAAUUGUUUGCCUUCGACACUCACGAGUGGAUGUGACCGACGCGCGACGGGAACUCGACGGGUAUAUCGCUCCACGACCACUUUGCGACGGUUGCGUUUGUGCUCUAGUUGUCGUUGUCGUGAGAUGGUCGCAACGAUGCCACAGUCGACAAACGCAACGCGGAUCAAUCUUCUCGUAGAAGUACAAAGUGUCGGUACUGGCCGCCUCGGGCGAGUCGUCUGCGAGGUUUUUGUUUUUUGCGUGGCGGUCGGACGAAGGCGCGCGGAGCUCGAGAACCAGUUCCACACUUUUGGUGAUUGUUUUGUUCGUCCUCACGCUCAACAACAAAAGCCCUGCACACACGCGUGAUAUCGCCGGCCCGAACUCGCCACACAACCAAUUCGUAUACCCGUUGAAACAUCGAGCGCUCUGUAUCAAUUUCUGUAGCAUAAAAAUAAAUAAAUUGAUAUAUUAUUAUGAUAUAAAAAUUCUAAAUAUUGACGACAAUAAGGAGCCAGGUGAUAGAAUGUGUUCGGUGUGAGCGGCCACAACCCCCCGCGCUUCCAGCCCCCGUGCCGCUCGCGCCUUCAUAAUGAGUGCCUUCUACUAUAUAUUAAUUAAUAAAUCGAUUAUAAUAUUUAAUUUCUAGUUAUAUCAAAAUACAUGAUUGUUUAUUUAUUGUCUAAUUUGAAUAUAGAAUUCAAAUUGGCACAGUUAUUACUUUUGUACUUUUGACAGAGCUAAUUGUAGAAUUUUGAAUGGAAUGGAUUUUUUUUCUUUGAAUUUAAAGUGUGAUAUUUUAUAUAUGUAACAAAGUUUAAUUAAAGUUUAAAUUAAGGGACCAAUUAAGUGAUCAGGAGAAGUUCUGAUAGAAACUGCAGAUGAUAGAGAUAUUACAUAUGAAAGCCACAGAAUAUUUUUGUACUCAUACAAAUUGCAAGGUACCAGUAAUAAAUAGUAUAAUUUUGAUGUUGUUUCUCUGUUUUGUAUUAUUUAUAGACAUUUGUACCGAGGUGGUAUUUAUUUGUAGAGCAGACGGUUCAGUUUCAGUUUUCUCCAUGUCAGCCGAGUGGUUUCCUGACGCCUUGUAACCACUAAGGGAUAAUAAUUUUGUACCUAAUAAUAAGUAUUUAGUUGUAAGCGUUUUUCAUCGCGAAUAUUAUUUAUUAUCAGUUCAUUACGAAUUAUAAACCAUUAAAGUUGAUUUAUUUAAUUUCUUUUGUAUUUAAACGGAUAUUUGAUUAUAAGUACGAUUACUUUGUAACUUAAUGUUAGUAAUAUUAUUAUCAUGAGUCAUUUAAUAUAACAGAUGUUAGUUUAAAACUCUAGUACCUAUGUCACUUAUAAUUAAGUAUUUAAUUUUUUUUAUUUAAUUUUUUCAUCGUAAGUUAAUCUUCAAAAAAAAUGACUAUUAUAUGACGGACAAAGUGUAACAGCUAAAGUGCUUGUUAAUGACAUUCUUUUUUAAGGUUUCUUUAAUUUGCAUCUGCAUUUUUUGAAUUAUAGUCAAAAAUAUGUUAA